UGGCUCAGUGCACCGUGGGCCUUUGCUAUGGAGGUGCCGGUCGCUUUGCACCCAAAGGGCAAUGGGCUCUCCUUGAGAAGCCUGCAGGUGCAGCGCCUGGGCCCAGGGCCGACAGAUCUGGCGCCCAGGUCUCAAGACGCGAGCCUCGCGGGCCUCGCGGGCCUGGCGGCCGCGUCCUUCGCGCGGGCGAAGGCGGCGAAGGCGAAGCACCGUCGGAGGUCGUUGGCGGAGGACGUGGCCACAGCAAUCGAAGAGGUGACCAACACGGCGGAGGACGCCCUCCUCCACCUCAGCCGGCUGCCUGCAUGGCUCCCUGGAGAGAAGACCGUGCCUGAAGACGCGGGUGGCACACGCAAGCGCCGGGUGGUGGUGCUGGGCACUGGAUGGGCCGCACAUGCCAUCGCAAAGAUCGUGGACAUUAGCAAGGUCGAGGUGUGCGUGGUGUCACCCCGGAACUACUUCAUUUUCACCCCCAUGUUGGCGGCAGCCUCUGUGGGCACCGUGGAGUACCGGUCCAUCCUGGAGCACAUCAGAUCUGCCAACCCGACCAUCGGCUAUCUUCAAGGCACUUGCAAAAGCGUGGACUUUGAGAAGAAGGAGCUGGUCAUCAGUCCUUACCCUCCUGGCGUGGAGUCGGACUUCAACCUGCCCUACGAUGUUUUGGUGGUGGCAGUAGGGCUGCGGCCCAGCUCUUUGGGAGUUCCAGGCGUGGAUGCCAAUUGCCUUUUUCUCAAGAACAUCGAGGAUGCGCGGCGCAUCAGGAAGCAGGUCACGCAGAACUUCGAGGCGGCUGACCUUCCUGUCAAAACGGACGAGGAGCGCAGGCGGCUCCUCACCUUCCUGGUGGUUGGGGGUGGUCCUACUGGCUGCGAGUUCUGCGGGGAGCUCUCGGAUUUCGUGAAGAACGAUUUGCGGCGCUUCUACCCUCGCCUGGCUCCACUGGUGCGCAUCAUCCUGCUGCACAGGGGGAAGCAGGUGCUGCCCUCCUUCUCCGGGAAUUUGCAGACUGCGGCCCGGGAGACCUUGGAGAAUCAGGGCAUCGAGGUGAUGACCAGCGCAUCGGUGUCCCAGGUGGAUGCCGAGCAGGUCCACAUCCAGAAGGAGGAUGGCAAGAUGGCCCUACCCUGCGGUCUCACUGUUUGGGCCGCCGGGCAGAUUGGUCAGGACUUGGUCCGGGAGAUGCAUCAAGCCAUCCCAGAACAGCAAGAGCUCGCCCAGUCGGAGGCGAAGGGUAGCGAUCGCCAGCUCUUCGUGGACAAGUGGCUGCGCGCUUGCGGCACGGAUGGCUCCGUGCUGGCGCUCGGGGACUGCGCCCGGAUGGAACAUGAGGAGCCCCUGCCAGAAACGGCCCAAGUGGCUGCGCAGCAGGGCGCCUUCGUGGCAAGGCUGCUGAACAGGCAGUACGACCUGACACAGCCGGUUCCAGUCCUCGAGAGCUCGGAGAAGUUCGAUUUGGCACAUAUCACCAAGCGGCCGGAGGCCUCGCCCUUCCGCUUCCUUGACUUGGGGAGGUUGGCAUACCUGGGGCAGUCGCAGGCGGUGGCGGAGCUAGGGCUGGGCUCCACGCCGGUGUCAGAGACCAAAGGCCUAGCCGCCUUUGUGCUCUGGCGCUCUGUGUACAUCGUCAAGCAGGUGAGUUUCCGAAACCGCGUGCUGGUGCUUUUUGAUUGGAUCAAGAGCCGCCUCUUCGGGCGCGACCUCACGCGCUUCUGAAAUCCAAGAAUUCGGAGUGGCGGAGUGGCCUUUAUCGGCUUCCACCAAGGGCAGAAGGUGUGGUGGUUUGAGGUGAGCGGAAGCCGUUUUAGUUCCUGGGAACGCCCAGGUGUACAAGCUGUACAGUGCGUCAUGUGCGCAGCUACAGGGAAGAUCUCACGAGAGCAAGGGACCCCAUGCAUUUGAAGGGGUUCUGUGAAACCAGGGGUUGCGGUA